CUCAUUGUAUCCGUAGGUUCUUUGGUGGUGCACUGGAUAAAUAUUUGUAAACCCAUUUCUUUAUGUAGAAAUCUAGAACUACAUUCGUAAUACGAUUUUAUGCGUUUGUGUUUAAAAUGACUGAUUCCAUAUAUGCUUAUAUAUAAAUCUAUGUGGAUUGAAAUAACCAUAGACAUGCUGUGGUUUGACGUCAGCAACAUGCGACACAGACGUUCGCUACCGUUUCUCAGAAAGUUUAGCCAUAUCUUGUGUCUUGUAGAUUUUAUUGUUUGGGUUUGGGGCUUUUUAAACUCCGGUUUCUAGGUGCGUUUUAUCUACAGUUUUUUUCUACUACCGUAGUAGGCUAAAUUAGAUUUCGUAUUGUUCUGUGCCGCGUUGCCUUAUGAAAGUUUGCCCUUCCAGCCCGCAGCGGAAGAUUCCGUCUCCGCAAUGAGCAGCCCCGUGGAGAAAAGCUCCGUUUUUGAAGACUGGCAGCAGACGCACCUCAGUAACGACUUUUUAUCCGACAUGAUUGAGUCUCUCAAUAUUGACGUGGACCAAAGCUCUAGUGCAACAAAUAGAGAGGAAACAUGCUCUAGAAAUGUCAUGAGAAAGCAGCGGAACUGGGAGAGGACGCUAGAGGUGAAGAAAAGCAAAAGGAAAGAGGAGAAGCGGAGGAGGAAGCAGAACCUGCGAAAGAAAAACAUUGUGCCCGAGUUCAGUAAACGUGUUGUCAAGGCAACCAUCAAAGAGCGCCUAGAAGAGGCUAGAGUCACUGGACCAAGACUGUGUGUGGAUCUGAGUAUGACUGACUGCAUGUCCCACAAAGAAAUCAGUCAUCUUGCAGGUCAGAUAAGAAGACUCUAUGGUUCCAAUAAGAACGCCCUUCAGCCGUUUCACCUCUUUCUGACGGACAUGAGAGAAGAAAGUCUUCUUUAUAAGGAAUGCGUCCGAAUGAAUGCCGGCUUCCUGAACUAUCUGAUGGAUGUUACUGAGAAGAGUUGGACAGAUCUCUUUCCUUUUGAAGACAUCAUUUAUUUAACUCCAGAUGCAAGUGAAGCUUUAGAACAAGUAGAUGGAAGCAAGGUGUAUAUUCUUGGAGGCCUAGUGGAUGAGAGCAUUCAAAAAAGAAUAAGCUACAGCAGGGCAAAAGGUCUUGGAGUGCACACAGCGAGGCUGCCCAUUGAUGAAUACAUGGUGAAGAGACCCAACCCCAAGAACUUCCACUCCAAAAUCUUAGCCAUUAACCAAGUGUUUGACAUCCUGCUGACUUAUCGUGACACUGCAUGCUGGAGCAGAGCGCUGAGUGCUGGAUUUCCACUAGGAAAGGGCUACAUGCUGUCUCCUGGAGCCACUCCACAAGCAGCCCAAUGUCCAAGUCUCCAGUGAUACCAAUAACCCAUCACCAGGGAUGGGUGCAUGCAGAAAGCUUCAAGUGUUUGGCCUUUGAGGUCCAGCAACAGCUAUGCACCAAAAAGAAACUAUGAUUUAGCUGAUUAAACUCUGAAGCAGAAUAGCAGAAGAAUGACUGGUUGCUUGAUUGAUUGAUCGAUCAGACAGUGCUAAAAUUAUAUUCAGUACUUGGGAUCGCCCAUGGCUGGAUUAACUGUAGAUUAAUGAGCUGUGAGUGCCCCACACCAAUGGGUUAAUCGUAAAAGGUAUCUUUUAUCUGUCUUACUAGGUAAAAGAUAAUCUGAUUGACUAUUAUAGUAUUUAAACUGCAAUGUUUGCAAAAGACAUGACACAAUAUAAGCCAUCCAUUCUGUUGGAGGAGCAGUAGGCCUAACAUUUGCUCACAUGAUCGUAACUAACAAGAAUAGUGUUCUGUGGAAAGUUUAACCCUUCUGGAUUCUGUGAGGUGAUCACUGAAACUCCCGAGGAGACUGAGCAAAUUAAUUGUUGCUGUGGCGUAUGCACCGUGACAUGUAACACAUUCCCUUUGCUAAGUGCGCUAAGUGAAUGUAUGUAACUACUGUUUCACAGUCAGCAACUUUCCCUUGAGUAAAUAAAUUAGCCAGUCAUAUCUA